AUGUGUUCUAUAAGGGCCCGAUCCACAAUUUCCGAAGACCCCACCCCGAACAGCACAAAAACAGAACAGAAAGUUACAGGCCGUGAGCCUCACUCGGUCACUCCCCAUGAACCCCGCCGCCUCGGUGGCAGCCGCCAAACCCUGCACGGUGGCCUCCUCCCUCCCCUGCCCUCCGGUCAACUUCCUCUUCGCGUGACGACCUCCUCCCAGCACCGCGCUCCGGCCGCCAUCCUCCCCGUGCUCCGGCCUCCUUCCUCCCCCGCCUCCGGUAGCCUUCCUCCCCGCGCUCCGGCCGCCUUCCUGGCCGCGCCCUGGCCUCCUCCCUCCCCCGCCUCCGGUCUCCUUCCUCCCCACGCUCCGGCCGCCUUCCUCCCUAAGAUUCGUCCACCUUCCACCCCCGAGAUCCCAGCGCCGGUGCCCAACCCGUUCGUCCGUGAGCUAGGAGACUGGGACUCCCUCCUCGCCGCGGCGUCAUUGCUGGCCGUCAGCGGCGGAAGCGGGGUGGUGGCCGGGACCUUGUCAUGCUCGUCUCCGACUACUGUCAAGCUGCUCAACAACAGAAGCAUGUACCGCCCAGUACAUGUAUUACUACUGCAAAGGUUCAAAAAUCAGAACUCAACAGGUUCAACGUUGAUGGUUCUACAACAUAGCGCUAAGCCGUUCUACGCCGCAGCUCGGGAGGUGAAGGAGCUCCCCUUGGGUUCAUCUUGCAGGUUUCGUUCAAACCUGGCCACCUAGGCCGUUCAACAACACCACCAGAGCCCGUUCAGUUGGUGGCGUUACUGCAGCUGCAGAUGUGGUGCUGACAGUGCUAGGCGUUGGUUGUAUUUGAUCAAAUGCCUAGGAGCUCCCAUGAUUUAGCAAGCACUGUUGCUCAAUUUUCUAGGUUUACUUCAGUCCAAUUUCUAGUUUCUGUUCGUCCAAUUUUUAGAUAGCAUAGUGCGUGCAAAAAAAUAUCAUCAGUUCAUGUUUCAAAACUAGAUAUAUCACCUAAAAUAUGUUUCAAAAGAAAAAUUGUGUAAGUUCAA